AGAACCUCACAACGAGCUGACGAGGCAUCUGGUCCCUUCAUCUACUGCACCGUCUUGAUCAUCGCUGCUCGGCAGCGGGCGAUCAUUCGAUAUGGCGACCGCUCUGGCCCACUUGUCUUCGCAAAGCGCCGAGCUGCCGGGGUUCCUUAAGCUGCGUAGUACUCCCGCGGCUCACCAGACUGCUGCCGGCAAGUCAAUCGAGACAUCAUCGGAUGCACAGUCUGCUAAGAAAGAAGAUGCUAUCUCGCUUCCCACUACCAAGUCUGCGGCUUCCCCCUCAUCCCCUGCUCUCCUGGUUCCACCAUUGAACUUUCAAAAUGUCACCUUCGGCAUUUCCCGCUCCGGGCAUCCAAAUGAACGCAAUUACGAGUUCCUGCGUCGGCUCAGGCUCAAGACGAUCAUGUACGUCGCUACAGACGACUAUCGGUCAAAGAUCUCAAGCUUUGCUGCAGAAGAGGGUAUCAAGGUGCUGCACUUCCGGAUCAGCGUAAACAAGGAACCGUUUGGCGAGAUGGAGUCAGACAUCGUUGCCGAAGCAUUGUCUCAGGCAUUAGACAAGCGCAAUUACCCCUUGCUGAUUCACUGCAACAAGGGCAAAGCCAGGGUAGGCGUCAUCACUGGUCUCAUCCGCCGGUUGCAGGGCUGGAGUCAUACCAGCAUCUUCGAAGAGUAUGCAAGGUUCGCAGGCACAAAGGCUGUAGAUGAGGAGUUCAUCGAAGUCUUCGACCUGUCGUCGGUACGCAUUGACCCAGAACACAAGCCUGAUUGGCUAUGAGAAGGACCCCUUUCUUUGUGUCACUGUUCUUGCCUUUUUGUAAAAUACAUGUACAUUUUGCGACUGCGACACAGC